GACUCCGCGGGGUCAGCGCCGGCCUCACCGGCCAUGUGGUCCACCCGCUCCACCGUGCGCCACGUCAUCAGCGCGAUUGAACCCGCGGGAUUAGCCAGUGGAUUACUCUAAACAACCUCGAGCUAGCUCGUCUUGGGGGACGAGGGGGGGUUUUACCGAGGGGAGCCCCGAUUUUGACCAGCGGCGAGCCGAGAAUUCCAUGUCAAUGUGACUCAUCCCCGCAUUAUAAUACGGUGGCGGGGAGGGGGGAAAAGCACGCGAAUUAUUCGACGCGCUUUGUGGUCGGAUUCCCCCGGCAGCCGCCAGCCCGCCAGAGCAUUGCAGCGCCGGCCACCUCGCCCCCUCUCUCUCGCUGUCUCGCACCACCCGCGCGGAGGAGGGGAGGGGCGGUGAGCGGCGGGCGGAGAUCUCGGGUGGGCUCCGAUCGAGCCGAAGCGGCGGGAGGAGGGAGGGAGAGCGGAGGAGAGGAGAGGAGAGGAGAGGAGAGGAGUAGAUUGGUUCAAUGGUAAGGGAGACGGGGUACUACGACGUGCUGGGAGUGACCCCGGCGGCCACCGAGGCGGAGAUCAAGAAGGCGUACUACGUCAAGGCGAGGCAGGUCCAUCCGGACAAGAACCCCAAUGAUCCGCUCGCGGCGGAGAAGUUCCAGGAAUUGGGGGAGGCAUACCAAGUACUCAGUGACCCCACACAGCGUCAAGCCUAUGACUCAUAUGGGAAAUCUGGUAUUUCAACGGAAGCCAUAAUUGACCCUGCAGCAAUAUUUGCAAUGCUGUUUGGUAGCGAGCUCUUUGAGGAUUACAUUGGUCAACUGGCAAUGGCGGCCAUGGCUUCACUUGAUGGUUUUAGUGAAGACGAGCAAAUCGAUGCCAGGAAAUUGCAAGAGCAAAUGCGAGUUGUACAGAAGGAAAGGGAAGAGAAGCUAGCAGAGGCACUGAAAAAUAGAUUGCACCUUUAUGUUCAAGGAAACAAAGAGGAAUUUAUCCAGCAUGCUGAAGCUGAGGUGACUAGACUCUCUAAUGCAGCAUAUGGUGUUGACAUGCUGAGUACUAUUGGUUAUGUGUACUCAAGACAAGCUGCAAAGGAGCUUGGAAAGAAAGCUUUAUAUCUAGGUGUUCCGUUUAUAGCUGAAUGGUUCAGAAACAAAGGGCAUUUUAUUAAAUCACAAGUAACAGCUGCGACAGGUGCAAUAGCUCUUAUGCAGCUGCAGGAAGACUUGAAGAAGCAUCUCAGUGCUGAGUGCCAUUACACCGAAGAGCAACUGGAGGCUUAUAUGCAGACUCACAAAAGUGUUAUGGUAGAUUCCUUGUGGAAGCUUAAUGUUGCUGAUAUAGAGGCAACCCUAUCACAUGUGUGUCAAAUGGUGCUUCAAGACAGCAGUGUCAGGAAAGAGGAACUUCGAGCUCGAGCUAAAGGAUUGAAAACUUUAGGAAAAGUAUUCCAGCGUGUUAAGCUGGCUACCGAGGGAGAGCCAGCAGCAAUGAAGAAUACGAUAAAUAACUCAGAUGACAAUGAUGGUAGUUCUCCGGAUUCAUCACCAAAAUCUCCUAGGGAUCAAAUGUUCGAUGCAAAUCCACCUUAUGCCCAGAGAAAGCCGAGCUGCAUUACAACGCAUGGGAUCCUGAACAUCAUGAAAGAAAGCUGCUAUCCACCACACCUUGUGGUGACUAAUUGGGGUCCAGCUUCAUCGAGUUUCACCAACUUUCCACUUGUAAUUUCAUACUAGCGGCCUUUAUUGUUGUCUCCAGUACCUGAUUUAAUGACCGGUUCUGUGAGCUUUGCAAAAGGAAUUUGUACGUCUCAUAUUGAAGAACCAACCUACUCGCUUAUGCAUGUGCUCGAUGCAGUCAAACCCAACUCUAGACUGCCAUGGAUAGCAUCAGUUCCGAGUUAUGUUAACAACAGUUCCAAGCACAACUCCUAGAUUGUCUUUCAUCCCAUUAACUCAAAUGAAAACAGAGUACGAGAUGGUCAUUUUAAUGGUUGUACUCUAUACCCUCUACCAAGAACAGACACUAUACAUUUUGUGUUGUAUCUGACUAAAGAUGCUUAUGUGAUAAACAAACACUCAUUUGGCAUGAAACUUUGCUCUGUCAAAC